GAUUAUUUGUUGCACCAGCUAAAAUGUUGAUUCGAAAAUUUUAACAAGGGAUGAAACGCUGGGCAGACUUCUGAACCUGUCGUCAGCCACAAUUAAACGGAAUGCUGACCUCGAGAAUCGCUUAGCUGAACUCGAGGUUGAGCUUGCGGUCUGGAAACAAGCCCACGCGACUGCUCUUGAAGGUGCAGACCGGGAGGCCAAGGCUCUUAAAGGGAGGCUGGCUUCUCUGAACUCUCAGGUGGCGUCAAUGGAAACCUUUAUGAGUCAGAGUCUACUCGUCCUCUGCGUCAUCGAUGGGGAUGCUUGUAUAUUUAAUGACUUGCUCCUUAAGCAAGGCCACGAAGGUGGUCGCCAGGCCGCGCAACAAUUGACGAGGGCAGUCGCGGAUUAUUUAACCAGCGAGGAUAUUCACGUUCUCGGUCGACUGUCAUUUUGGGUAACGAUUUACUUUAACAAGGCGGUACUGGCGAGUGUUCUCGAGCGACAUAAAUUAUGUAGCCCGGAGCAACUUGAUGCUUUCAUUAUGGGCUUCAGCCAGUCUUCGCCUAGGUUUGUUUUAGUUGAUGUCGGAUACGGCAAAGACGCCACCUUCACGAAAAUUACAGGUCGGCACGUGUUGCUCAAUGGUGGCCACAUCACUAACACUCAUUUAGAGUAUCUGCAAACAUACCUCCGCUUCCCCCAAACUCAGCGAAUUUUCUUUGCUGGUGGUCAGGAAAACACUUAUGCUCCAACUAUUGCUGCCUUGCAAAAUGACGGCCUUUUGGGGAAAAUCGCUUUCUUAGAGGCCUGUCGCGCGAGCCCCAAUUACGCACAGAAACACCGUUUGCCGAUCCUGACUGUGGAUACAUUGUUUAUCAACCAGAGGCUCUCGCCGCCAUUGAGGACGCCUCCGCCAUUGAAUACCAAUGGUCUCAGUCCCACGCUUACAUGUGGUGGAUUACCGACACCGCACUCGCCGCCCAACAUGAACACUUCCGCGACGGGAAGGCUGGUUGACCCCACCUUGCCCCUUCAUAAGCACUCUCCCCCACCUUGUAAUGAAUUCUAUCUCAUGUCCUGCACUAAAGGCGGGGCUUGUAAAUAUUCACAUGACUAUAUCCUGACGCCAGAUCAGCUGGCAACUCUGGCUGCUAACGCCAAGAAGGCUCCUUGUAAUUUCCUAAAAAAUGGUCUCCAGUGCCCAUAUGGCGAGCGGUGCUGCUGGGGUCAUGUAUGCCCUAACGGCCCGAAGUGCUUUCACCUGAGUAAGGGCAAAUGCUGGUUCAAAGGCGAAAGCAUGCAUAACGUUUCGCCUCUUCUAUCACCAUAGUUCGCUUCAACGCAUGCAUGCCUGUUAUUGGUUUGUCUUAUGUGCCGCAUGACCUGUACGAAGGUUUCAGCCUGACGUUUUAUCGCGUUACCCUCUGCUCUUUAUGUGUUUACAACAUUGUUGUUCAUGUGUGGUUUUUUACAUGUUAUUGUAUGGAUCGGAUAUGGACUUAUUAUUUAUAGGAUGUACCUCCGAAUUACGAAUCUAUACACCACAUGUGCUAGAGAGUAC